AGGCCUCGUGGGCGUCGUGGGCUUCGCAGAGCGACGACGCGGAGGCCGACGAGCUGGAGGCCGAGUACGUUUGCGAGGAGAUCACCGACACGUCGGCCGCUGCAAUGUCGAGGAGGGCCUCCCGCUCGCGCAGUGCGAGCCGAGGUCCUUCGAGAAGGUCCAGGAUGGGGCCGACAACUGCGGUCUCGGCUUCUUCGCGCCCCAGACGUAUGUGGAGUGCAACUACAUGCAGUGCAGCGCUGAGCCCAUGAGCAUCGGCAUGUUCGGAGACAUGUGCGGUUACGCGAUGCCUCAGAUGCCGAUGGAGAUACCGGUGGUGCCAGUGCCGCAGGACAGAGCAAGCGGGCCGCACGCCGCUGCGGUCCGCGCCGGCCUUCACGCCUGCGUCGCUGAUGGCCCCCAUGGGGCUGCCGCAGCAGGGCCGCGUGUCCGCCAAGAGCGUCCCGAGCAAGCCCAGCUGCAAGUCGACGCGCCGCGUCGCCGAGAUCCCUGGCGCGGGGUCCACGUGGUGGUCCACCAUGUCGUACCAACGCGGCCCUGCGGACCCCCCGCGAGUGAAGGUGGGCCAGUGUGUGCUGGUGAGUGCCUGAGGGCAGGCACUCUGGCGCCAGGCGCCUCCUCUCCAUUGUUGGGCGGGGCUCGUGUUCACGCCAUCGCUCGUCGCCCGAACCACCACGCGUCCGCCAAGCAAGGGCCUCUCUCUCUCCCGCUCCAGUCUGCUUCCGCGGCCGCGCAGCCGGGCUGUGCAGAGCUGCACGUGGGUGUGUGCCAGCUCUGCCCUGCUGCCGGCGUGGCGGCGGCGUGGCCGAGCCGCAGCGCGAGCGAUUCGCCGACGGCUCCUCUUCUCCCUGCAGCCCUGCAGUUAUGCUCGACCUAGCCCUGCAGCCCAUCGCGCC